AUGCCAGCGUUCACUUACGAGGAGCUCGAGAAGGAGGUCACUCUUGAUGACAUUGACUUCUCUGAUUUGGAGGCUAAGUACCAAGUCAGCCCCGAUUUGGGUCUCGACAACUACGUCAUUGUCGAUGGAACACCUAAAGCACCAGCAUCAAAGGCUCCAUUGUUGGAGAAAGUGUUGAGAAAGUUUCUCAGCAAAGUUGGUGAAAUUGUUGAAGGUGAGGCUGGCUUGUAUCUUCCCGUUGAGGACAACAUGACCAAAGGCUACGUGUUCGUCCAGUACAAGAAACCCGAGAGCGCCAUUGCAGCAGUUUCCCAAUUCCACAACAAGCCAUUUGAUGCCAAGCACAAGCUUCUCGUCAACAAGUUUGGGGACAUCGAAAAAUAUUGCAAUGAAGGUAACGUUUCUGACGAGUUUGUGGAGCCAGAGAUCCCCCCCAUGAAGGAGACAGGCUACUUGAAAUCGUGGUUGCAAGACGAAGCUGGUCGUGAUCAGGCUGCUAUGCACUUUUCGGAUACUGUUGGUGUCUACUGGUUCAACAAAAAAAAUGACCCUAAGCCAGUCACCGAGCCAAGAAAGGGCUUCACGUCCAAGUAUGCAAAAUUCUCGCCAAAAGGUACAUACAUGUUUUCCAUUCAUCCUCAAGGUGUCCAGUCUUGGGGUGGUGCUAACUUUGAAAGCAUCAGCAAGUUUGUGCACCCACAGGUACGUUUGGUGGAUUUCUCUCCAAACGAGAAGUACAUGGUGACCUUAUCUCCUGCUCCAAUCACUAUGCCAGUCAAUGCCGAAGAGGCUGCUCACUUCCCAUUCGGUCCAGAGUCUGAGGGCCACAAGUUGGUCAUUUGGGACUUGGUCACUGGUGAGGUCGCGAGAACCUUCGCUUUGCCACCCCACUUAGAGAACCAAAAGGAUAUGCCUUGGCCUCUUGUCAAAUGGUCGUUCGACGACAAAUACUGUUGUCGUCAAGGUCCGGAUGCUUUGGCUGUCUAUGAAACCCCAUCCUUCCAGUUGUUGGACAAGAAGUUGGUGAAGAUCGACGGUAUUGUUGAUUUCGAGUGGGCCCCUGCUGGUGUUCAUUUGAUGGGUUCCAGAGAAGAAGCUGGUGAGCAUGUGUUGUCUUACUGGACUCCAGAAACAACUAAUCAGACUGCCAGAGUUGCUCUUAUGCAAAUUCCAUCUAGAAAAGUGCUCAGAACUGUCAACUUGUUUCAGGUUAGUGACUGUAAAAUGCACUGGCAGGAAGAAGGUAAGUUUUUGUGUGUGAAGGUCGACCGUCACACUAAGUCAAAGAAGACUUUCUUCUCCAACCUUGAGUUUUUUAGAACAGAAGAAAGAGAUAUUCCAGUUGAGAAGUUGGAAUUGAAGGAUGUUUGUAUCAACUUCGCAUGGGAGCCUACCUCCGAUAGAUUCGUUACUAUCAGCAGAUUAGAUGAUGGUAACAACAACCCUGCCAUUCCCAAGAAUGUCAUUUCGUUCUAUACAGUUGAACCGGCCACUAAGACGAAGGCUGCAAAGUUCAAGGUUAUCUCGAGGGUGGAGAACAAGCAUUCUAACACCCUCUCGUGGUCGCCAAAGGGUAGAUAUAUUGUUGUGGCUACUAUUGCCAAAUCCACCGGUGAAUUGGAAUUUUACGACACCAGCUUCGAGGGAGACAACACCAAGAAGGCCACUGCUAAGUUGCUCAAGGCCGAGAAAUUCUCUGGUAUGACAAACAUCUCCUGGGAUCCAUCCGGAAGAACGGUUGCUGCGUGGUCCUCUUCUUGGGUGCACGCUAUUGAGAACGGCUACAAACUCUAUGAAUUCACCGGCGCUCAGUUGAGGGACGACUCCAUUGAUCAGUUCAAAGAUUUCAUUUGGAGACCCAGACCACAAUCUAUGCUCACCGACCAGGACAGGAAGAAGGUUAAGAAGCAGUUGCGUGAAUACAGCGCUCAGUUCGAUGAGCUCGAUGCCAUGGAGGCCGACGCUGCCACCAGAGAGGCCAUCUUGUUGCGUCGUAGACUCUUGGAAGAGUGGAAGGAGUACCGUAAGAAACACGCCAAUAAGAAAGCUGAGGACCCCAAUGUCGAGGCCGAAAUUGUCGAGGAGAUCAAGGAGGAGAUCAUCGAGGAGAAGGAGGAGGUUGUUGAGUAA